CUCCAGGCCAGGAGGGGUGCUGUCGCUCCCCGUCCGGUGGCGGUCGCCAGGGUCCUGUCGGUGGCGGGCGAGUGCUGGUGUCCGGCGGCAUUUUCAAGUUGCGGCCGCCGGCGAGGACCGAGUUUCGGACGUGGCGCUCGAAUCCAGAAGCUUCAUCCAAAGGAAAACCAUGUCUCGGAAGAAGGGUAAAGAUGAGAACAAGGCCCAUGUUUCCAGCUCCUUUGAGUCUGAGGAUAUCAGUUUAGAAACAACUGUGCCAACAGAUGAUGUAUCUUCAUCGGAAGAGAGGGAAGCUUCUGCCAAAGUCACCAAGCAGCUCAUUGAGAGGAAGGAGCUUCUUCACAACUUGCAGCUGCUGAAGAUUGAGUUAUCACAAAAAAAUCUGAUUAUUGACAACCUGAAAGUAGAAUACCUCACAAAAAUAGAAGAUUUGGAGGAAAGACUGAACGAUUCUCUUCACCAGAAGCAAUUGCUACAGGUCCGUUUGGAAAACCAACUGAAAGUUCAGCAGGAUGAUGCCAGAAGACGCCAAGAUCUAAGAAAGCAAGAAAUGGAGGCUAUCUUAGAAAGGCAGAAACAUCUUGAACAGACAAAUCUGCAGCUGCAGGAACGAGCAGGGGACAUUCGCCGUAGUUUACGAGAUCUGGAUCUGACUGAAGAUCAGUACGUGGAAUUAAAGGCUAGACCUGAAGACCAGCUUUCCAUCCCAGAAUAUGUAUCUAUAAGAUUUUAUGAAGUGGUCCGACCUUUGAGAGAAGAGAUUGAAGAGCUUCGACAGAAGAAAACUAGCCUUUGGGAAGAGAGCAACUGUCAGAAAAAUCAGCUGAAUAGCUUGAUAGAGAGCUAUGAAUCUGAAAGGAAAACUCGCUCUGAUCUGGAAGUCCGUUGUCAACGCCUUGUACUGGAACUGGCAGACACCAGGCAACUUAUUCAGCAGUCAGACUAUAAGAGGGAGCAUUAUGAUCGAGUAAAGCAAGAGAGAGAUGCACUUGACAAAGAAGCUUCAGAACUCAGGAAAAGACUGGAGUUACUUGAAAUCACACACAAAGCACAAACUAAGGAGAAAAAUGAUUUAUCCAAAGAGGCAGCAGCAAUGCAACAGUCUAUUAGCUUGCUGCAAAAAGAUAAAGAAUACUUGAAUCGCCAAAAUAUGGAACUGAAUGUUCGAUGUGCACAUGAAGAAGACCGUAUAGAACGCCUCCAAACUCACCUUGAGGAGGCAAAGCGAGCUAGAGAAGAAAUGUAUGAAAAAUAUGUGAUUUCAAGGGACCAUUACAAAAAUGAAUACGAGGACAAACUUCGACAUGAAUUGGAACAGAUUCGAAUAAAAACAGACCAGGAAAUUGAGCAUCUUCGAAGUGGCUCCAAAGAAAUGUAUGAGAGGGAAAACAGAAAUUUGAGAGAAGCAAGGGACAAUGCAAUUGCAGAAAAGGACCGGGCAAAUGAAGCAGAAAAGGAUGCCCAGGCAAAAUAUGACCAGCUUCUGGAACAGUUUAGGCAGCUGCAGGUCAACACAGAUAGCCGCAUAUCUGAACUCAUGAAUCAGACAAAAGUAAAAAUGUUUGAGGCAGAGCGAGCUCAAUUGGUACAAGAGGAAACAGCCAAGAAUUUCAAGCAGUGCCAGGUGGAAUGUGAUAAAUACCAGAAGAAACUUGAGGUUUUAACAAAAGAAUUUUACAGACUGCAGGCAUCAGCAGACAAGCAUACUACUGAGCUUCAGACUCAAAACUCCGAGCUUCAAGCACGACUGGUGACUUAUGAGAAACUAGAGCAGGAGCUGGAUGGUGUUAUAAUGCAAUCAGCUGAAAUGGAAAAUGAGGACGAUGCUGAACGUGUUCUUUUCUCUUAUGGUUACGGUGCUAAUGUUCCCACAACAGCAAAACGCCGCCUUAAACAAAGUGUUCAUCUUGCGAGAAGAUUGUUACAGAUGGAAAAGCAAAAUUCACUACUCCGAAAAGAUCUUGAAUGUCACAAGCUCCGUGCUGACGAAUUAAGUCAAGAGCUUACAAAUGCAAAAUCUUUACUUGGUCAAGCUCAACAGCCUUACAGUUAUCUUAUUGAGACUGUUCACCAGAGAGAGACUCAGAUCCAGACAUACAAACAACAGCUUUCACAACUAGAGAAUGAAGUCUGUCAGUUAAAAAAAGAAAAAGCAGCUUUACUUCGUCUGAAGGACCAAAUGGCAGCAGAUCUGGAGAGACUCUUGAAUCAGAGAGAGGAAUUGGCGGUAAUGAAGCAGGUUGUGAUAAAUUUGCGUAACAAACAGAAUGACGGUGGUUUGCCAGGUACCCAGCAUGAAGACAAAAUCAGUCCUGUUGCGUACACAUCAAAAUUGUCCCUCAGCGUUCCCCCAGAUGAGGAUGAAAACAUCUACAAACCAAAACCAACACUAUUUACAAACAGAGAAUGCCCAGCCUGGUACACCAAGCUGAAGCAGAAAAGUACCUGAUCUUGAAGUAAUGUUUAACCAAUUAAAGAUUGGGCAUUUCAUUAUCCUACGGAUUUUCGGUGGCACAACCUCAAAAUCAAGGAUGCGAUUUUUCCGAUUUGAGUACUGUGAAUCUAAUUAUAUGUUGUUUUUGAAUCACUAAAAGCACAUUCACAGAAAAUGUCCACAUUAAUCUGCUUUUGUGGUGUAAAAUAUUCCGAAUCUGGCGUCAAGGCCUGCUUGGCACCAGAGGGAACUAUGUUGAACGUUGGCUAUGAUUUCACUUUUGCUUCAUAGCUAGUUCAAGCCUUAAAACCCAAAUUACACUGUGCAAGGUUAGCACCAAGGAAGUGUCUAAGCCACUUUGUACAAACACUAAAUUUACAGCAUAAGUUGACACCUCUGUACAACUAAAGGAAAGAUAAAUUGUCAAUGAUGUUAAUGUGCAGAAAUUUUAUUACUGUAAUGGGUAACCAAGUUAUCGUUGCGAUCUUGCACUUUUUUUGUGAAGAAAAUGAUAACAUUUUUGUAAUUUAUAACUAGUUACUAUUUUACAUGUGUGCAGUGCUUUGACAACUAACUUAUCUGUAAUAAGUUCAAUUGAUAAAUUAGUAUUGUACUAAUCCUUUUUUAUUAUGAUGUAACUGUUUUCUCGUCUGCAAAAUAAGAAUAAUAUUCUGAACUGCUAUAUUCCACUCAGUGUUUUACUAGGUGUUUGAAAUUGUAUACUAUGUAUGUGAAAUGUAUUUCAGGUGUUUUUUUUUAUAUGGUAUUGUUUAAACUAUUAGACAUUUCAUUAUUAAAAUGUGUCAUGUUUUAUAUACAAGC